AUGUUUGGUCUUUUCUCCAAAAAGUGGAACCCGGAGGGCAAACAUGUCUAUAUAACAGGAGGAAGUUCGGGAUUGGGAUUGGGUCUUGCCCAUAUUCUCGCUCAAAAGGGAGCACACAUUUCCAUUGUCGCGAGGAGUCAGAGCAAAUUGGACGAGGCCAUUGAAUCUAUCGAGAAACUGCGAGUGAACCCCUCGCAAAUCUUCAAAGCGUAUUCUCAUGCGCUGGACUCUGGUGAUGCGGCAGCCAAAGCUCUUCAACUGGUUGCUGAGGCUCAUGGCGGUGAACUGCCCGACGCCAUCUUUACAUGCGCUGGAUCUUCAAAACCAAUGUUCUUCAUUGACACAACGGAGCAGGACAUGGUGGAUGGAAUGACGAAUGCGUAUUGGUUGCAGGCAUGGACAGCUUGGCGUGUUAGCUCUCAUAAAAGGCAGGCCGCUACAAAACAAAUGGUCAAGGCCGGGAAGAAAGGCGCCAAAAUUGUAUUCGUGUCAUCGCUUCUCGGGUAUAUGAGUUUCUUGGGGUAUACCUCGUACACGCCAGGGAAACAUGCGCUAAGAGGCCUUGCUGACACUCUCCACUCGGAACUCAAACUCUACGGCAUCGACGUCCACAUUUACUUCCCUGGUACAAUGUUUACACCCGGCUAUGAGGAGGAGAACAAGACAAAACCAGCCAUUACACAGGCUAUAGAAGGUACGGACGGAUUGACCUCGGACCAGGCAGCGCAGGCGUUAUAUAAAGGCGUCGUGAACGGAAAUUACCAUAUCUCUGGCGACUUAAUUACUGACCUAUUCCACGCAUCAACGCGUGGGUCUGCUCCGAGAAACAAUUGGCUAUUGGAGGGACUGUAUGAUUUGGUCGCUUAUUUUGCCGUCCCAGUGUGGCGGUCUGGGGUAGAGUCACAGGUACUUGCGCACCGGGACGAACAUCAGACAUACCUCGCCAAGAAAGGAUUCUUCUCGUAA